AUGGCGUCCAGGAUGUUGCUGCUCGGCGCAGCCGGCGGUCUUGGACUCUACUUCCGACCUCUCCAGGCGCAGCUCACGACGUACACCCAGCACGCCGGCAUGUCUGCCUGGCUCCUCGGCGCCGGAAUUGCCGUCAUUGCGCUCUCAAGCUUCGCGAGGGAGCUGGUCACGGCUUGGACGUUCGCGUGGAACUGCUUCUUUCAGCCGUUGGGCAAGAACGCGUCGCAGGAGGGCAGGCUGAACAGGUUCUACCAAGGCCAGGCUGCGCGGUUCCAUAUCAAGAUCUACGACAAGACCCGUUCCAAGCUCCUUCGCGGCAGGACCACGAUGUUGAAGCUUUCGGCGGCUCAUUUGCGCGAGCAGCGUCGCAAGAACCCGAACAAGCGCCUCAUCUGGCUCGACAUCGGUGGCGGUACGGGUUGGAACUACUUCCCCAUCAAGGAGUUCGACGCUGUCUAUGUCCUCGAUCUCUGCGGCCCUCUCCUCGAAGUCUCGCGAAAGCGCUUCGCGGCGCGAGGUUGGAAGAACGUGCAGUGCCUUCUCCAGGACGCGACGCACUUCGUCCUGCCUGAGUGGACCGAGGAAGGACUCGGCGAGGAAGGCGGACUUGACUUCGUCACGAUGAGCUACUCGCUCAGCAUGAUGCCCGACCACCUUACCCUUCUCGACCGAGUCGAGCGCUUCCUCCACCCGUCGGGCCUCUUCUCCGUCUGCGACUUCUACGUUUCCGCCCGUGAGACGACUUCGGUCGCCGGCGUUAUCGGCGAUGUCACCUCCCGCCAGUGCUCCUGGCUGACGCGGUGGUUCUGGCUCCACUGGUUCGAGCUGGACCACGUCGACCUGCACCCCUCGCGCCGCCAGUACCUCGAGCACCGCUUCGCGACGAUCAAGUCGUUCAACGCGCGUAACGGCUUCGUACUUCCCGGCUUGAUUCGCAUUCCCUACUACGUCUCGCUUCACACGUCCCGCCGCGUGGACACGUCUUCCGCCAACCAGGCCUAUGAGAUCGACGCCGGCAACACGAUCUCCGCGUCGCCCUCGCCUCUGCUCAUGCCGACUCUUUCGCGCCAGGCCAGCACCAACGAGAUCCCCGACCUCGCUCUCGGCGUCUCGGCCGCUCUCUCUCGCUCGCGCUCCCGCUCUUCGGCGAGCAAGCCGAAGCAGCGCGUCAACCGCGCUUACUCGCGCUCAAGCGACAACAGCGACAAGAGCGACAGCGUCCGCAUCGACAUUGCGCCCGAGUUGCAGCUCUCCGCCUUCCACUACGGCUACCGCCACUGGCGCGUGCCCUACAUCGAUGACCCCGUCCACCACGAGUUCCGCACGUUCACCUAUGCUUUCGCAUGGGAGGACCCGCGUGUCGACAUGGAGCACCUCAAGAUCAACAAGGACGACUCGGUUCUCUGCAUUACGUCGGGCGGCUGCAACGCCUUGCACUACGCAAUCGAGGCCCAGCCUCGCCGCAUCCACACGGUCGACUUCAAUCCGUGCCAGGGCCACGUCCUCGAGCUCAAGCUCGCCUGCAUCUACGCCCUCGAGUACGACGACUUUUGGCUUCUCUUCGGCGAGGGCCGACACCCCAACUUCCGCGAGCUCCUCGACUCGAAGCUCUCGCCUUUCCUCACCUCGCAUGCCUACCAGUACUGGCGCAAGAACGACCACAUGUUCGACUCUGCCUUCUACAUGCGCGGCUACUCCGGCCACGCCCUUCGCCUCGCGUACUGGGCACUUCGCAUCACGGGCAUGUACGGCUCAGUCCACAAGAUGUGCGCCGCGCCUACUCUCGAAGAGCAGCGCCGCAUCUGGACGAGCCGGAUCCGCCCCAUCAUCCUCUCCGCCUUCAUCCGCAAGGUCUUCCUCGCCAACCCGAUCUUCCAGUGGAACUCGCUCGGCGUCCCCAUCAACCAGGCGCGCGUCUUCCUCAAGGAGACGACGACUUCGCAGUUCGCCAUCGACGCGCUCGACCCGAUCGGCCUCAACUCGCACGUUGCGAAGGACAACUACUUCUACCAACUCUGCCUCGAGGCGAAGUACACCAAGGACUCGUGCCCGCUCUACCUCACCCGCGAAGGUUUCGAGAAGCUCAAGCAGAACGACGGUGCCGCGCUCGACUGCUUCCGCCUCCACACCGACUCCAUCAUGAACGUGAUGAACCGUCUUGGCAAGGACUCGUUGACAAUCGCCAUCAUCAUGGACUUGCAAGAUUGGUUCCCCAACACCGUCGACUCGCCUCCGGCGCGGGGUUCGAAGCCCUGCGAGCUGACGCAGACGAUCCGCACCCUCCGCAACGCGCUCAAGCCGAACGGCCGCGUCUUCUUCCGCUCGGCCGGCCAGGAACCGUGGUACCUCGAACUGUACCGCCGCGAGGGCUUCAAGGUCGAGUGCAUCCACAAGCGUCCGAUCGGCGGCAAGAUCCCGAUUGACCGCGUCAACAUGUACGCGAGCUUCUACUGCGCGACCAAGAAGUAG